AUGCUCUGGAAGCAACUGAUCCUGGCGGCCACGGCCGCCACGGGUUUCCUCCUGGUGCCCGAGACGACCGAGGCAGAGGAGGAGAUGUACAAGGCCCUGCCGUUCGACGUAUACGCCAGCGAGAUACCGGCGACGGCCAUGCGUCAGGUGGUCGAGGUGCCCUGCGCCAAGUGCAAGGGCAAGGACUCGCACCUGAGCAUGGACAUCGCCGUGGAGGACGGGUCCCGGCUCACGCUCAACGGCUACGAGCUCUACCCCAGCGCCGACCCGUGGCACGGCGACCUGACGGCCUCCCUGGUCAAGGCCAACGGCAAGAAGAAGGAGCAGCUGCUGGGCUACAGCCUGGCCGUCGGGCCCCAGGCCUACGACGAGGAGCAGUCCAUGGGCAUGGUCAGCAUCGCCCUGCACAUCAUCGAGGUCGGCGGCCGCUUCAUCGAGGGCAUCCCCACCAUCGACAUCCGCAUCAUCCGCGCCCCCACCGGUGACAUCCUCAUCGGCGACGUCGCCCUCGCCGACACCGAGACCCCCCGCUGCGCCAGCUUCCUCUGCCGCCUCAAGGAUGGCGCCGAGGCCAUGCUCCGCGGCUUCGGCGCCCACGGCCGCCACGGCCGCCACGGCCGCCACGGCGACUGCCAAGGCAACAGCAAGGCCGGCGCCGGCCCCAACGGACACCACCGCGGCGGCCGCCCCCCCAUGGGUGCCGACGACAGGAUGAGCGUGGGCCACGAGAUGCACCAGGACCAUGACGACGACGGCGACGACGACGGCCGCCGCCCCCACCACGACGGUCCUCACCCGCAUCACCACCACCCUCACGGCCCGGCCCGGCCUUUCUCCGACAACGUGCCCAGCUGGGGUCCUCUGUUCAAGAUUGUCGCCUUUAGCAUCGUCCUGCCCGUCCUGACUGGCAUCACGGCUGGUGUCGGUGUCGCCCUCUUCGUCAUGGGCAUCUGCAGCUUCGCCGCCAUGCUCGUGCGUGCCCGUCGUGCCAACAAGGCCACCGGCGCUUCCAUCGCCACCAAGUGCCGUCGUAUCUGCCGUCGCUCCCCCGAGACUGAGCGCGCCUCCGAAAACGAGAAGGUCGGUCUCAUGGACGAGACCUACCAGGACGACCUCGACGAGGAGGCGGCCCCCCUUCAGCGUGAGGCUGAUAAGGUCGGCGAGCGUGCCGACGAGCGCGUCUAG